AUGGAUGCGCAGGUUGAUAAAGAUUAUGGGCUUCCUCUUGACGGGAAACUUGCACUUGUAACCGGAGCCUCGAGGGGAAUUGGUGAAGGCAUUGCAUUCGAACUCGCAAGCCGGGGAGCUUCAGUAGUACUAGCUUAUGCAUCGCCAAGCAGCGAACCAAAGAUUAACAACCUCAAGAAGAGAAUCGAGUCGCUGCCUCACCGGCCAGUCGCUUACUCGGUACGCGCGGAUCUGGGCAGCGUCGAGGGGCCAGGUCAGAUCAUCUCGGAGCUCCUCCAGUGGACGAGCAACGACCUGCACCUGGACAUUCUGGUGAACAAUGCCGGGCUGGAGCGGGUCAAGUCGCUCGCCGAGAUACAGAUCGACGACUACGACGCCGUGUACAACCUCAACGUCCGCGGCAUCAUUCUCCUGACGCAAGCAGUGCUGCCGCACCUCGAAGCCAAUGCGCGCAUCAUCAACCUGGGCUCGGUAGGUGCCCGCGCCGGGUUCCAGAGCCUAAGUUUGUACUGCUCGUCCAAGGCGGCCCUCGAAGGUCUCACGCGAUGCUGGGCGGCAGAGCUGGGAGGCAACGGCACCACGGUCAACUGUGUCAACCCGGGCCCCGUGCAGAGCGAGAUGCUUGACAACAUACCAAAGGAGAUUGUCGACAUGCAAAAGGCGCAGACGCCCAUCCAGAACCGCCUAGGGACUAUUCAGGAAGUUGCCAAUAUAGUCGCAGGCUUGGCGGGCAAAGACGGUGCGUGGGUUACGGGACAAGUUAUAAGCGCGAGUGGUGGCUGGGCAAUGUAUUAA